CCGCGCCCGCCCCCUCCAACCCGUCCACCUCGCCGUUUUGCCUAUUAUAUCAAACUUUGAGUAACCGAUACGUUUUUCAAAGGCCAGUCUGGUCCAGAAAUAAUUAGGCGUGUUGAGGUUAGGAACUUGGUGCCAUGGAUCACAGCAUCCUACAACCUGCAUUGUUAUUCAAUUCCGCCCCGCUGGGAGUGAGUCGAGGAGCGCCCCGCCACGCCCCACCCCGCCGCCGCUGCAUAGGGCCAUGGCCAGAGGGCGCCGAACGAUUGACGUACCGCACCUUGCAUCGCGGGGGUUGCUGUUGUGGUGUGGCUUUCUCUUUCCCUUAUCACAGUAAUAAUGUCAAGGUGACAAGAGGCAGGUGGUGGGAGCCGUCCACUCAACCCAUCACUGCAAAAAUAGCUGCUUGGUAUGCAAAAUUCGCGGCCCCAUCCUCUGGCACACGGCGUCGAUCUCUUCCGAAAAAUUCCAGCCGUCUGCUCUAGGUGCGACGAGCCGUGUUUCGUCUGACGGCUCGGCUGGUUCUGCUUUGGCUCUGGAGCGACGAGCAGCUUGUGGCUGGAGGCUGCCUGGAGGCUGUCUGCAGGCUGAUAGAUGGGCGGCGAGACAGGCGGCUCCUGGACAUCCUGGCCGCAAUGGAAAAAAAAUGGUUAGUAGGGAAAAAAAAUAUUCCAAUGUGCGCGUGGUGAUGCUUACCUUCUCUGUUGGCGUGCUUAC